UGCACCGGCGGAAGCGGAAGUGGCGGCGGGCGGGAUGGAGGAAGCGGAGAUGCAGCUGAAGGUGAAGAAAGUGACGGACAAGUUCACGGAGAGCCUGUACGUGCUGGCCAACGAGCCCUCGGUGGCUCUGUUCCGCCUGCAGGAGCACGUCCGGCGCUCGCUGCCCGAGCUGGCCCAGCACAAGUCGGACAUGCAGAGCUGGGAGGAGCAGAGCCAGGGAGCCAUUUACACCGUGGAAUACGCCUGCAGCGCCAUCAAGAGCAUGGCUGACAGCAGCGUUUACUUCAAGAGCAUCGACAGCCUCCUGAAACAUUCCAUCGCCAUGAAGGAGCAGCUCAGCGCCGCCCAGGGCCGCAGCACCUCCGCCCCCCAAUCCAAGAAUCCUCCGGGCACUUCCUGAUUCUCCAUCCUGAACUUCCCACCCUCGGGAAGAAACGGAAAAACUCCUCCUGCCCAAACCUCUGGCGCUGCACAGAUGGAGAAGCCCCCGAAUUCCCAGGAAAAGAAAAACCAAACCAGGAAAAGCUGGAAAAACCCAAAUCCUGCUUUUUGGGACCUCAUUUCCAUGGAAAAUCGGGAUGCUUUUGAGUUUAUCCUUCCCACUUCUUUCCUCCAGGCUUUUUUCCCCACUUAAAAACGAACCCAAGCGAGGUUUUGCUUCGGGAAUUUUGUGUAAAAACAAACAAAAAAAAAGCUGGAAUGUGCGAGCACGCUCCAAGCUUUUGUUGGGGAGGAAUUCUCCAAGGAGAAGCUUUUCCAGCGGUGCCAAGGAAUUGCUGGACUCGGUUUUAAUGAGGACGAGAAUAAAAAGAAUAAAAAAAAAAAAAAAAAAAAGAGAAAACAAAUCCUCAAAAAAUAAAACAAACCAAGAAAAUCCCUUUUCAA